AUGACGAUCCAAUUCCCAAUCAUGUCCCUGGACUAUUUCCACCCGACUCCGGCCAAGCAGUUUAUCACUCUCUCCAAGAAUCCCCGUGUCACCAGCAAGGAAAUCAACAGCCUCUUCCACCAGCUCAAGCCCCUCCAGCCCGACAAUCUGAUCGGCGAAUGGGAUGGACAUAUUCUCAUCACCGACCAUCCAUUUGAAAAGGUACUGGAGGAGUUGAACUGGUUCGGGAACACGUUUGAUACCACGGAUGAUGUGGCCCCGCUGAUCGUCGGCCGAAACGGUGAGCGGACUUGCUACGAAGACUGGGGACGGGCGUCGGUAAGUUGA